AUGGCGUCUGGUGAUACCGCUCGGUCGAAGGUCACCCCAUACCUGAUCUACUUGGUGUUCAUCACGACGCUGGGUCCACUACAGUUCGGCUACCAUCUGGCUGAGCUUAAUGCACCCCAGUCUGUCAUCACCUGCGAACGGAAGAGCAUCCAUACGUCCACGUCCCGUAUAUCCGAGGGCCUACCGCAAUGUAUUCCUAUGAGCCCCUCGCAGUUUGGCCUGGUUUCGUCCAUAUACACCCUUGGAGGUCUUUUGGGGGCCCUUCUGGCCGGCCCAGUCUCGACGAAGCACGGCCGCCUGUUUGCUCUGCGCGCGACGACCAUUUUCUUCAUUCUGGGACCAGUGGCUGAAACACUUGCGCCCAAUAUUCCUGUGCUAGGCCUUGGUAGAAUGCUGUCAGGAGUCGGCUCGGGUGCUUCUAUCGUUGUUGGCCCGAUUUACAUCUCAGAAAUAGCGCCGCCGAAUUCGAAGGGAUUCUUUGGGGCUUUUACGCAGGUCAUGACCAAUGUUGGUAUCCUGAUCACGCAGACACUCGGCUACUUCCUUAGCGAAGGCAGUAAGUGGAGAAUUAUACUGGCAGUCGCUGGUAUAAUCGGGGGUUUGGAGCUUCUUGGUCUCACUCUGGUUCCAGAAAGCCCGAUUUGGCUCGCUGACCACCAGAAGGAGGAUGUAGCCAAGCGCGUACUCCAGCGGAUCCGCGGGAUAGACGCCGAUAUUCACGGUGAACUUGCAGGCUCAAGCGGAUCUACAAGGUCUGAAGACGAGGCUGGAGAAGAGCAAUCACUGCUUUCACCUCCGUCAAGCAACCUGCCUCCCAAACAACCUCCGGUGACAAUGGGGCAGGUCUUUACGGACCCUUACUAUCGCCCGGCUAUCAUUGCCGUUGUAGGGAUCAUGAUUGCACAACAGUUUACAGGGAUCAAUAGUAUCAUCAUGUACAGUGUCUCGCUCCUGCAGAGCAUUCUACCCACCACGGCAGCCCUUCUUUCUGUGGUGAUAUCUGCCAUCAACCUCAUCAUGACCCUGGCUUGCUCGCCGCUACCCGACAAGAUCGGUCGAAAAUUCUGCCUUCUACUCAGCAUCACUGGUAUGGGCUCUACUUCUACCCUACUGGCUCUGGGAAUCUAUUUCAACGUGAAAGCUCUGUCCGCCGUCGCUGUUCUACUCUUUGUCGCUUCCUUUGCGGUUGGGGUAGGGCCUGUACCAUUUAUUUUGGCCUCGGAGUUGGUUGGUCCGGAGGCUGUCGGAGCUACUCAGAGCUGGGCCCUGGCAGCCAACUGGAUCUCCACCUUUAUUGUUGCACAGUUUUUCCCCAUGCUUAAUGAUGCUUUGGGCGGUCGGGGUAAGAUUUAUUGGCUAUUUGCAGCAAUGGCCGGGAUCUUUGCAGGUUUCAUUUACUGGCGGGUGCCUGAGACAAAAGGCAAGGAUGGUGUGGACGAGGUCUGGGGUCGGGAGGAUCAGCGAAGGAGAGACUGA